GGCAACCGCACAAUGCAAAUCUUCGUCAAGACCCUUACGGGCAAGACCAUCACCCUUGAGGUCGAGUCCUCUGACACUAUUGACAAUGUCAAGAGCAAAAUCCAAGAUAAGGAGGGCAUUCCUCCCGAUCAACAACGUUUGAUCUUUGCUGGUAAGCAGCUCGAGGAUGGUCGUACCUUGUCCGACUACAACAUCCAAAAGGAGUCCACUCUUCAUUUGGUUCUUCGUCUUCGUGGUGGUGCCAAGAAGCGUAAAAAGAAGACUUACACUACCCCCAAGAAGAUCAAGCACAAGCACAAGAAGGUUGAGCUUGCUGUGUUGAAGUACUACAAGGUCGAGGACGAUGGUAGCAUUAAGCGUCUCCGCCGUGAGUGCCCCAACUGUGGUGCUUCCGUCUUCAUGGCUGUCCACAAGGACCGUCUUUACUGCGGUAAGUGCCACUUGACCUUGAAGUUGGAGGCCUAGGCUGGUAGCUUCUUUGCAUAGAAUGAAUAAAGUUCGUGCGGUACAAAAA